UCUGCAAGUGAUUACUUACAUACAAAGUCACUGUUCAAAUAUGUACGUAAGAUAUUGAAUGGUUGAAAACUUGGAUUUUAGCUUCAGAAGACCUUGAUCCAGAUGACCCAAGAGGAUGAGGAUCGGUGACCUCCUCACCUGCACCAUUCACAUCAGAAUUCGUGCAGACAUUAGUCAGGAGAUGUCUGGGCAAAGUAGUUUUUUUCUUGUCUUUCUUGUGGAAUCCAAACCCUGUAUGUCAUACUCAUAUUAGCAAAUCAAAUAAAAAUUUAAAAUAUUACAGAGUAUUGCAAUUGCUUUCAACAGGACCACUAUCCUUGCAGCUGAGGAUUUUUAAUGAUCCGGAUGGGAGAUCACUAUUCUUCCCUAAAAAGCAAAGCUGUAAAAAGGAUGACCCAAGAGGAUGAGGAUUGGUGCCCUCCUCACCUGCACCAUUCACAUCAGGAUUCGUGCAGACAUUAGUCAGGAGAUGUCUGGGUAAAGUAGUUUUUUUGUUUUUUCUUGUGGAAUCCAAACACUGUAAAUCAUUCUCAUAUUAGCAAAACAAAUAAAAAUGUAAAUUAUUACAGAGUAUUGCAACUGCUUUCAACAGGACCACUAAUCCUUGCAGCUGAGAAUUUUGAAUGAUCCGGAUGGGAGAUCACUAUUCGUCCCUGAAAAGCAAAGCUGAACCAUGGUGCCACUCAGGCACACCAACCUGUGUGAAAACAUACAAAAUAAAUAGAUCAUCUUUUUAUAUAUAAUUUAUUAUUGCAUUUUUCAUUUGAGUGUAAACACAAUUGAACAAAUAUUAAUGUGUGUCACCAUGCCGACAGUGCCUUUGAAUAGUGAGUAACGGAGUAGUGAGCAUUGAAGUCGCUUUGUUCUUGUGUGAUUGACUUCAAAGGCUUUAUAUCAUAGGCAUGUUCUAAGGAUAUAUCGCAAACAAUUUUGAUUUUGGCUUAUUUCUUUACCAAUGCAAAUCAGGGAAACAUGUUCAGAGCGAGCCUCAACAUUCUGGCUUAAUUUUCAUUUGCAAGUAACGCGAUGGACCAAAACGCAAAGAUUGUUCAGUGUAGUGAGUGCUUGAGGGCCUGCAGCUGCGGCAACUCGGGUUUUGACUUGUUAUUGCAAGCUUUGGAAUCACUUAGUACAGAAUCUUGUCUUUUUCCUAAUGAUACCCCUGCUGAGGAAGAGUGUGGCCCCCAGAAGCCUCAGACAGAGAGCCGCAUGCCUCAGGGAGCAGCACCACUAAGCCUAGAGCAACCAGUCAUGCCUGCGACUGAGGACGAGAGGUGUCCCCAGAAACCUCAGACAGCGUGCCACAUGCUUCUGGGAGCAGCACCGCUCAAACUGAAGCAGCCAGUCAUUUUUGCGCCUGGAUUUCUUACUGCAAAAACCAACCCUCCUCUUCUUGAUUGGUAUGAUGCCCCAGCUAAGGAAAAACGUGGUCCCCAGCAGCCUUGGAUAGAGUGCCACAUGCUUCUGGGAGCAGCACCGCUCAAACUGAAGCAGCCAGUCAUUUUGGGGUCUGGAUUUCUUACUGAAAAAAACAACCCUCCUCUCCUUGAUUGGUAUGAUGCUCCAGCUCAGGAAAAAUGUGUCCCCCAGCAGCCUUGGACAGAGUGCCACAUGCCUCUGGGAGCGUCACCUCUCAGCCUGCAGCAGCCAGUCAGGCCUGCACCUGGAACAGCUCUUCCCAGGUACCAGCCACCAAGUGCCUUUCAGCCAAACUACUUCCAGGCAGCUUCUUUCAUCCACAGCCAGGUCAACAACAGUCCAGUUGUGAGUCGUCCUCAUGGCCUGCCUGGGACAAACCUGGUUCCUGUUGGAUUCAUAAAUGGACAGAUCGUUUAUGGGGCUGCACCCUUUUCAGCUCCUCCGUUCGCUCCUCCUGUCGCUCCUCCCAUUGCUCCUCCUGUCGCUUCUACUGUCGCGUCUACUGUCCCUGUAGCUAACGCCCUUGGAUCAAGAAAGAGAACUUGUUCCACACAGCCACACGACGAGAGGAUGCCCUAUGUCAAGAAGCCCCCAAACGCUUUCAUGCUAUUCCUCAUGGAACAGAGGUCAAAUGUUGUAGUAGAGAUCAAGAACUCAGACUGUGCGGCUGUCAACAAACAUAUUGGAUACAAAUGGAAGUCGCUGUCCAAAGAUGAGCAGGCAAAGUAUUAUGAAGAUGCAGAGAGGGAGAAGCGCCGACACUCUCAGGCCUUCCCUGAUUGGUCAGCCGGUGACAAUUACGCCAAAAGGAUGAAAAGGAUACGGAGGAAGCGUCCAUAUGUGAUUUAGGAUCCUGCAAUCUGAACUCUCCAGGGAGCGAGAAUCUGAAGACUUCGCGCAAAGCACCCCUGUAUUACCAUUUGUCCAAUGAAUGGUUACAUCACGACAAUGUGUUCCUGACUGGCACACUGUCUCCACACAUGCUUGUUGGUUAAGCAGCCAUCAAAUAAACAAAUGAGGCUCUGUUAACUAGUUAAACCGACACGUGUCUGUCACAUGCUUGAGCCUACAGCCGGUUAGCUUAACUCAGCGCUCUCUAACAGCAAACAGGUAAACCGAUAUUUCAAUGCACAUACCAGCCUGGCAACCAGCAGAGAGUAGAGGAUGGUACAGCUUCCAGCCGAGAAGUAGACCAGCACAUAGCUGUAUCGUAAAUACCACCAUCGUAUUUACGAUACAGAUGUGAAAAUAGAAUCAAUCUUCUCCCACUAAAUGUCAGUAAGAAAGACAUCAAGAAUAUUUCCCAAAAAUGUCAAGCUGUUAACCUGAGAUAGACGUUAGGAGAACAUUGAAUGACAAAUCAUAGACUGUUUAUAAAGACGGGUGAUGUGACAGCUAAAAGCAAAGCAAAAGUGUCUCUAUCCUCCCCUGGUGGCUUGCUGCAGUAUAGGUCCAAAUCCAUGCCUACUUUAUGCUAUAGGCGGGACAUGGACAUGUCAUUUUAGUUUGUUCUUAUCAACCUGAUGUUAAAAUUUUAAUUUUUUCAAAAACUUUGACUGAGUUAGUUAAAUGAUUUAUGAAACUUCAUAAUGGACAACAGAGACUGACUCUCUGGUCAAGGAUACAUAUCAACAGGACUUCACUACCCCAGCCCCAUCACUCGAUCUCGAAGUGCAUGUGCUAUAAAGCGUCUUCAUACAGAAAAAACAAUGUAUGGGGAUUCAUACAUUGUUUGUAUGACAUAAUCUUAGAAAUAAUGAUAAACUGUUUAUUGCUUAUGUUUUAUUCUUCUCCAGGCCCAGUGCAUAACUGUAUUUUUAAGUUCAAGAGGAGCUUUGGCCUUGAAGCUAACUUUGACCUAGAGAGGAUUGAGAGGGCCACAGCUGAUUAAAAGAAAAUGGUUUUACCUAAUAGCCAAGUUAGAGAUCCCAAAAAAGGAAUGGGAUGCCAUGAGCAAUGGAGAAGGAUGACAUGAGGAAUGUCUGGAAUUCUUUUUAUUACUUUGUGGUUUCAUUUUUCAUUCGGAUAUGUGUAACAUGCAGUUUAUAUGUAAAAAACAUGUGGCCUUGGCACAGCUUGAAACCAAUUACAUGACAGAUGACAUGCUCAAAUAUCCCACUCUCUCUCUCUCUCCCUCUCUCUCUCUCCCUCUAUCUCUCAUACACGCACACAAACACACACAAGCAGUGCACAUUCACAUGCACGUCUUACAGGAAUGCAAACAUGGAGUAAUUCCUUCUCAUUUCCAUCAACGGUUAUAAUCCAACCAUGUGUUCUCAGCUUUCUGUCUCGAUUCUGUGUUCUGCCUCUUUUCCACGGUAACCUGUCAAGACAAGAUUAUCAUGGCUAAAAUAUGAUAAUCUUGAUAAUCUAAUCUACAAAUGUUACUAUGAUAUUUGUAGAAAAUACUUAUCAUAUUCAUCUCUAGUCAAUUGAAUUUGUUUUGUCACUUCUUUGGCUAGAGAAUUACACUCAAAAUAGAAAUAUGAUAGGAUUUAGGAGGUUCUGAUCAAUUGAUAUGAUAUUAUCAUAUAUGAAUCAAUAACAUGUAAUCAAUCAUUAAUUCAUUCACACCAAUUAUGCCAUUAUCACAGCACCUUUUUACGUGUAUAUAUAUAUAUAUGGGUUAUUUUUGCUUCAUUUCUGGAUAGAAGGAGGUGAAGAUGGGGUGUCUAUCUUCACCUACAGUCUGUGCUGUGUGUGUGUGUGUUUGUAGAUUCCGACAGGAUUUUCAUUUUAUUGAGGUUUCCUCUCACUGCGGACGCCUCCUCAUCUGAUUGCGCUCUAUCUUGCUCAUGUCCUCCCUUCCUCUUUAUUUUCCUAGUGCAAAAUUUGCUGCCUCCAUAUGAAAGUUUAAUGAUCAUUGACCAUUGCUGCAAAAAACUAAUUGGUGUGUUCUGCAUAGGAGAUGUGAAAGAGAAGUGUGAACAAGUGGAAGAAGACGCGAUAAAGCAGUUGUCCACAUUAUAUAGAGGACAAUUAAGCAUGACUACAGUGGGUGAAUUGAUUCCUAUAAAGUAUUGAAUCUGGUCCUCAAUUCAAAUUAUUAUAAAAACUAUUAUACUGUCACAGUUUGUAUCAUGUAUGUAUAAUAGAUUAUGCUAUUAGACAUAUAUUUUCCUGAACCUCAGGUGCCACAUGUUUUUUAUGCAUGUGUAGAGAGCAGGCCAAUUGAGUAACACUCGAGCAGAAAUAGAGGAGUGAGUGACCAGAUGCACAUAUCUGAUUGUGUGGGAUGCUCCUAGGUAGAAUUGAUUCUUUCCAUUGAAGGUUAUUAAGACGAAUUUUAAGUCCACAAAACUGCUUCUGAUAAAUGAUAAUGGGUGAGAUGGAGAAACCAGUAUGUGCUCACUUAGGUGGAGAGAUACCAAGAUGUGGGAUUUGCUUUCUCUUCCUGCACUGCA